AAAUUUUGCAUAACGUCGAAUAACGUUGAGUUCAUUCAGUAGUCUCCAAAAGUUACAAAUAAUUUUUUUUUCCUAUUAAAAGCGUUGAAAUGAUUGUGCUUUGAACAUGAAUACAAUUCUCUGGCUGAGGAUUUUAAUCUGAAGGUAGAUAAAUUGGGGUAAAGAUUGUUGUUUGAUCGCGGGAAGAUGAAGACACCGAUAAUGAAGAGUUCGAUACCGGGGCUGGCGGAGUUUCCAGCGAGAUUUGAUAGGAUACCUACGGGUGACGGAUGGGUGGAGGGUAGGAGGAGGCUCGACGGGGCGGAGGGGUUGUGGAGGAUCAACGAUCGAUUGUACGAUCUCACGAAUUUUGUGAAGAAACAUCCUGGGGGUUCGGAGUGGCUCACUAUCACUAAGGGAACUGAUAUCACGGAAUUGUUCGAGAGUCAUCACUUGACUGAUAAAGCUGAAAAAUUAUUGCCUAAAUUUUACAUUCGUGAGGCAGCCGAACCAAGAGCAAUUCCCUGGACAUUUGAUAAGAAUGGAUUUUAUAAAAAAUUCAAGGAGCGAGCGAUCGUUGCCCUGAAGAACACUGACUUUCAUCGACCAGCUUUGAAAUCUAAUUUACUGGCUGAUUUCCUGGCUAUCGCAACUCUACUUUUGUGUGUAAUCACGGCAAUAACGCAAUCACGACUUGCACUGAUUAUGGCUGGGCACAUCAUGGCUUUCACAGUAAUAUCCGCACACAAUUACUUCCACAUGCGCGAUAAUUUUCGGAUGUACUACUUCGACAUCUCUCUGAUGUCAUCCCGCGAGUGGCGUAUAACUCACGCCAUGAGUCAUCACAUGUAUCCAAACACAAUUUGGGAUUUUGAGAUAAUAUCUUUUGAGCCGUUGCUUCAGUAUCUGCCAAAAAUUCCAGCACCCAUAUCGCGAAAAAUAUCGUGGCUCUAUUCACCCGUCCUCUACUUCAUCGCCUUUCAUUCGCAGGGGGUGAAAAGAUAUAUAGAAGUGCUUCUGGUGCGACAGAAAAUUGAAUUCCGCGAUGUAGUUCCAUUCAUAAUCCCCGCAUUCAUGUUUUAUGCCACUGAAAAUUUAUCGAUAACUUUUAAAUACUGGAUGCUUAUCAUCGCCGUUGCGAGUUUUGUUUUCCACGCAAUCGGCCUCAACGGGGCGCAUCAUCAUCCAGAAAUCUUCCACGAUGGUGACCACUCGAGGAGUGAUCUCGAUUGGGGAUUACUGGAGAUGGACACCGUGAGAGACCGUGAUGUAAUAGAUAACAACUAUUUCCUAACCUUGACCCAGUACGGCCAUCACAGUCUUCAUCAUCUGAUGCCAACAGUUGAUCACGGCUAUUUACAUCUGUGUUUACCAGCACUUGCGGAGACUUGUCGUGAAUUUGGCGUUAAUAUGGUCAGCUUCUCACCCUUUGAGCUGAUCAAGGGGCAAUUUAAACAAUUACGAAGAGUUGAAUCGAGAAAAAAUCACAGAUAAGAUAAUCUCGUUUUAUAAAAAUGGCGUUAUCUCGAGAUGCAUUCGAGAUAAUUGCGUAAACAUGAUUUCAAUCGAUGGAUCGGAAAAUUUCCGAUUUUUGCUUAAAAAAAUGAACCCAUUUUGCCCCGGUAGAAAUCGAGGAAAUGGAUAAAAAUGAAUGCAGGCUGUGAAGUUGUUUUUUGCGGAUAUCUAUGUUACCCACGGGGCAAAAUGGGUUUAUUUUUUUUCGGAGAGAUCGGAAAUUUAUCGAUCUGUCGAUUGAGUGGUCGCGCGGUCUGAUGCGUCGAACCAUUCCAGAGAUAUUGGGGUUUUUGUGGAAUGAUGUGACAGCUUCAAUUAUACCCUGAUUAAUCUUCAUUUAGAUAUUCAUGUGUUAUUGUAUCUUAUCUAAUGAUAUUUGUUCACAACUGUAGUUACUUAAUAAAACGUAAGUGAAUCAGUA